AAGGAACUUGCACACUGAAAGAAUAUCUUUGAUGAAGACCAUUCAGGCGAGCAGAAUGAUUAUUGCAAAAGAAUUACGUGAUUCGUUGAGAUCUUGAAGUGGGUCCGGAGAAUCCUUGCCACCUAACUUAUCAUGGUUAGGGGGAGUUUGACGAGAAUCCAGUUUUGAUAAAGACAAUAGUUUUUCCUCCCCAAGUGACUAUACAUUUAAAUAGCUAAAACAUCUGUUCAGCAACAUAGUAAAACAUGUACACUCGGAACGCCUGAGAGAAGAGCCUGCCAAACAAUCGGUUGAGAGGGACUUUGCUGGGGGGAGAGCACCAAGAUAAAGCAACCACUGUUUGUUUUGUCUGGUCAGGGGGAGAGCCAAGGCAACCAAUAUUUUGGGUUUCUUUUACUUUAUUUGUGAAGCACUGUUUGAGAAAGGGUGGCGAGGGGAGAUUUCCUGACGGGAAAUUUGUAAGCUGUCCAUUAGUAGAGGAGCAAGACAACCUUGGAUGUCAGCGCCUAACAGACUCUUGAGACCAGCCACCAAACCACAAAAAGCGACUCUCUUCUUGCGUGGCCUCUACAUCUCUCCCGAUGGAGGCAGAAACGGGGAGCAGCAUGGAGACUGGGAAGUCGGCCAACAGAGGCACUCGAAUCGCCCUGGUGGUGUUCAUCGGUGGCACCCUGGCGCUGGGCACCAUGCUCUUUCUAGUGAGUCAAGGUUUCUUAAGUCUCCAAGCUAAACAGGAGUACUGCCUGAAGCCAGAAUGCAUUGAAGCUGCUGCUGCCAUAUUAAGUAAAGUAAAUCUAUCUGUGGACCCUUGUGAUAAUUUCUUCCGGUUCGCUUGUGAUGGCUGGAUAAACAAUAAUCCCAUUCCUGAAGAUAUGCCAAGCUAUGGGGUUUAUCCUUGGUUGAGACAUAAUGUCGACCUCAAGUUGAAGGCACUUUUGGAGAAAUCAAUCAGUAGGAGGCGGGACAUCGAAGCCAUACAGAAAGCCAAAAUCCUUUAUUCAUCUUGCAUGAAUGAGAAAGCGAUUGAAAAAGCAGAUGCCAAGCCGUUGCUACACAUUCUGCGGCAUUCACCUUUCCGCUGGCCUGUGCUCGAAUCUAAUAUUGGUCCUGAAGGGGUUUGGUCAGAGAGAAAGUUCAGCCUUCUGCAGACACUUGCAACAUUUCGUGGUCAAUACAGCAAUUCUGUGUUCAUCCGUUUGUAUGUGUCCCCUGAUGACAAGGCAUCCAGUGAACACAUCUUAAAGCUGGACCAAGCAACUCUCUCUCUGGCCGUGAGGGAAGACUACCUUGAUAAUAGCACAGAAGCCAAGUCUUAUCGGGAUGCCCUUUACAAGUUCAUGGUAGAUACUGCCGUGCUUUUGGGAGCUAAUAGUUCCCGAGCAGAACAUGACAUGAAGUCGGUGCUUAGAUUGGAAAUUAAGAUAGCCGAGAUAAUGAUUCCGCAUGAAAACCGAACCAGUGAGGCCAUGUACAACAAAAUGAACAUUUCCCAGCUGAGUGCUAUGAUUCCCCAGUUUGACUGGCUGGGCUACAUCAAGAAGGUCAUUGAUGCCAGGCUGUAUCCUGACCUGAAAGACAUUGGCCCCUCAGAGAACGUGGUGGUCCGCGUCCCGCAGUACUUUAAGGAUCUGUUUAGGAUAUUAGGCUCUGAGAGGAAGAAGACCAUUGCCAACUAUUUGGUGUGGAGGAUGGUUUAUUCCAGAAUUCCAAACCUUAGCAGGCGCUUUCAAUAUAGGUGGCUGGAAUUUUCAAGGGUAAUCCAGGGGACCACAACUUUGUUGCCUCAGUGGGACAAAUGUGUAAACUUUAUCGAAAGUGCCCUCCCUUAUGUUGUUGGAAAAAUGUUUGUGGAUGUGCACUUCCAGGAAGAUAAGAAAGAGAUGAUGGAGGAAUUGAUUGAGGGUGUUCGCUGGGCCUUUAUUGACAUGCUGGAGAAAGAAAAUGAGUGGAUGGAUGCAGGGACCAAAAGGAAAGCCAAAGAAAAGGCAAGAGCUGUUUUGGCAAAAGUUGGCUAUCCUGAGUUUAUAAUGAAUGAUACUCAUGUUAAUGAAGACCUCAAGGCAAUCAAGUUUUCAGAAUCUGACUACUUUGGCAACGUUCUGCAAACCCGCAAGUAUUUAGCACAGUCUGAUUUCUUCUGGCUGAGAAAAGCUGUUCCAAAAACAGAGUGGUUUACAAAUCCAACGACCGUCAAUGCCUUCUAUAGUGCAUCCACCAACCAGAUCCGAUUUCCAGCAGGAGAGCUCCAGAAGCCUUUCUUUUGGGGAACAGAAUAUCCUCGAUCUCUGAGUUAUGGUGCUAUAGGAGUAAUUGUUGGACACGAAUUUACACACGGAUUUGAUAAUAAUGGUAGAAAAUAUGAUAAAAAUGGAAACCUGGAUCCUUGGUGGUCUAUUGACUCAGAAGAAAAGUUUAAAGAAAAAACAAAGUGCAUGAUUAACCAGUAUAGCAACUAUUAUUGGAGGAAAGCUGGCUUAAAUGUGAAGGGGAAGAGGACCCUGGGAGAAAAUAUUGCCGAUAAUGGAGGUCUGCGGGAAGCUUUUAGGGCUUACAGGAAAUGGAUAAAUGACAAGAGGCAGGGAGUUGAGGAGCCUCUCCUACCAGGGAUCACAUUCACCAACAACCAACUCUUCUUCCUGAGUUAUGCUCACGUAAGGUGCAAUUCCUACAGACCAGAAGCUGCCCGAGAACAAGUCCAAAUUGGUGCUCACAGCCCCCCUGAGUUUAGGGUCAAUGGUGCAAUUAGCAACUUUGAAGAAUUCCAGAAUGCUUUUAACUGUCCAUCCAAUUCCACGAUGAACAGAGGCACAGACUCCUGCCGACUCUGGUAGCUGGACUGCUGGUUCAUACCAUUCUGAGAGAGCUGUACAGUGCCAGUAGAGGCUGCACUGAGCAUGCAUCGCCUACUGCUUUAGGCCUGUAUUCCCCUGAGGACUUGUAUUUUUAAUGCACCUUCUUUAUUUGGGUAUUGCUUGGAUCUAAACAGUAUCUACUCAAAGUCAUAGAGCUUAAAAAUGGAAUACAAGAAGUGAACCAAGUAUGUAUCUUUGGAAAAUCAAACCAACAAAAAUAAAUCCCUGGGCUACUUUUGUUAAAAACGCUAUCUGCUGAAUUGUUGCAGUUGUCCAUUGUAGUGUGUAAGCCACAGCUAAGCGGCACAUAGCAUUUUAAUCUACAGCUUUGCAGGGGGCCUAAGUAGAAUGUAUCCAGAAAAUAAAAUCAGUCUAUUAAACUUCGAACCCUCAAUGGUGAGGACCUGUGCAUGGAUACCUGGGAAGUCUUACUGCUCUGUGAAAUGCAGUACUAGAUUUUAUGUAUGGUCAUUACACAGCAUUUAACAACUCUAAGGUAGUUAAAUGAGAAAUAUGUUGUAUCUUUAUUUUACAGUUUUUGAUGAAGUUCUUGCUUUUAGCUUUGGAAUCUAUUGGGAUGAAAAUGUGCCUCACAGCUUGCAUCUAAUGCAACUGAUUGCCCUCUUCAAGUCAGCAUGAACAAAACUGGGAGAAAGGCUACUGGUAAAGGAUUUGAGUUUAUCAAUUAGAAAAAAUGGAUACUUCGUUAAGUCCCAGAAGAAGUCAAAACUCCCAGUCAUGCAACAGCAGGGACCUUAGAAGAUGAAAUCCCCCAAAUUUGAUGUGGUCUGCCCAAACCUCAGUGAUUUUGUCUGUCUGCCAGACACUUUUCUUUAGCCCAGUUCCUGUUUGUCAUAUUACCUUCAUGUAUGUGUGUUCUCCCAUUUCUGAAUUUAGUAGGCAUCAAGGAAAUGCUUUUCUAAUUCCCCGUUAGGAACGUAUGGCUUUCAUUCCCUUUUAGUGCAGAGGGCCAGACACUGCAUUGAGGAGGGCACAAAGUCCCUUCUGUUUUGGCUCAGUUAAUGUUACCUCUGUUUUUAAAAAAAACCUUUUUGAAAAAAUUUCUUUUUUUUUAAAUUUAUUGGGGUGACAAUUGUUAGUAAAAUUACAUAGAUUUCAGGUGUGCAAUUCUGUAUUACAUCAUCCAUAAAUCACACUGUGUGUUCACCACCCAGAGUCAGCUCCCCUUCCAUCACCAUACAUUUUGAAGACAUUUCAAAAUCUAUUGGUUCAAUUAAAAAUUCUCUGCGUAGUCCAAAGAAACAUGACUGUUCAAGUCUUCUUCUAAAGAGUCUGUAAGAAAGAGCAGGACUGCAUUUUUGAUCCUCAGAGCUUUAUCAGUCCAAGUGAAAUUCCUC